UACCUAGCCAGUCCACUUCUGCGACCCUCGUCGACCGGAUCGACGACUACGCGUCCGCUCUUCUCGUUAUUUCCGCGAACAACGGCGCGUUCCCGCGCGUCCACUGCCGCGCCGCGGACGUGCCUCGGGAUCGCUCGCAUCCGCGUCUACCUUCCUCUCGAUUCGUCUUCGAACGUCAUGCUAAUCUUCUUCGACGAGUGAAGCACCUUUAUCGCAUCCUAGACCCAGAUUCGACCGUUAUCGAAGCAUGAAACGUUUCAAGUGUGUCGGUCUGUGAUAUAUCUGUGCUCCUGUGCUGGAGAGGUUACCGGAAGCUCGUCGAGAAGUGGUGACGAGUGAUCACGAUGUAAACCGUUUGCUCGAUCGAUCCCGACCUGAGACUUUGCCCUCCCGAUAAAAACAAAGUGCGUACAGUGAAGGACACGGUGGUCAGCAGCAGGUGGCCAAUUGAUGUAUUCGCCUCCCCGUUACAAGGAUGAUGAUGAUGGACAUGGGCAUGUACGGAACUUACGGCAAGCCUGACUCAUACCCCAACUACGUGUGCACGGGUCAAGGGAAUCAUCAUCAUCAGCCCGUGUCCGUCGGAGGACACGUGCCGGUACCACCCUCGCCAGAACUCGCUCCGGCUCAUUAUUUCCCUCAGACGGCCGUCUCCCCUUAUUCCUCCUCGUCCUCGGAGAGCUUUCUUGCCGCGGAAUCCGCUACCUCCUCCGGUACUCCUCCCCAAGGAUUCUACUCCCCGACGGCGGGCGUUCUACACGAGGACGGAAGCACCACCGCGAUCAUCUCCUCCGAGAAUGGGUUGAGCUACACCAACCUGGACUACGCGUCCUCCUCCUACGCGGGUGCGUCGCAGCACCAGCACCCGAACGGGUCCCACGGGUCCGUGGAUCCACACCAGAGUUACCACGUCCAGCAGGCGGCUUACAGGGACGAACACCAUCACCAUCACCCUGGCUCGGCCAAUCUCCAUCAGGCCUCUAUGGUCUCUGGACACAGGACGGAACACGAGCAACAGCUGCAUCAUCAGUCUUCUAGUCAUCACCACCACCAUCACCAUCACCAUGAGCCCGACUAUCAGCUACCAGUCGCUGGCACCACCAACUAUCUCCAUCAGCUGCCAACCGCGGAGGACACUCUCCACUAUCAUCCUCAGAUCCGGCAGAACGAUUACACCGCGCACACGACUGCACACUACAAGGAGGAGAACCCUGACCCAACGACCUACCAUGUCCUCCAGCAAUCCGGACAUCCGCAGCAUCCGCAUCAACACGCGCACGGACACCAUCACCAGCAACACCAUGCGCAUCAUCCACCUCUGCAGCAGCAGCAGCAGCAACAACCGCAUGUGCCCACGUACAAGUGGAUGCAAGUGAAGAGAAACGUGCCCAAACCCGUAGCAGCGAAGUCCAAUCCAAGUGUCGGAGAAUACGGUGGCAGCAGCGUCGGCGGCGGGACCGCAUCUGCAUAUGCGAACACAGCGAACGGUCCAGUGAGCUGCCUUACCGGCGGACCAUUAGUCGGUAUAGCGGGUGGCUUCAACAACACCGGAAGAACCAACUUCACGAACAAACAGCUCACCGAACUAGAGAAGGAAUUCCAUUUCAAUAAGUACCUGACUCGAGCGAGACGCAUCGAGAUCGCGUCGGCGUUACAGCUGAACGAAACGCAAGUGAAAAUUUGGUUCCAGAACAGAAGGAUGAAGCAGAAGAAAAGGAUGAAGGAAGGGUUGAUACCGAGCGAGAACACGACUGUGACGCCACUCGGCGGCGCUAGGAGUAGCAGCAAUUCGCCUACCAAUUCUUCGACUCACGAAACCAACAAUCUUGGUUUAUCUAAUUUUACCAGCGACAAUAGCCGGGAGUCACCGCCUUCUUCGGCGAAAGAUUGACGCGUUCCCUGCUGCAGCAACGAACGAUUAUAUGGUUUGCGACUUAAUGAUGAUUGGUGAACCGAAAGAGGCAAAUAUUAUUUUAACCUUUUGCACUCGAAUUUGACAGUUUGCAAACAGCAACUUCAAAACUACUAUUUAAAA